AUGUUUCGAUCCGCCCAAACAAAGCUCCGCCCUGCCGAGGCCACCAUCUUACGAGGUUCUUUUGCACAUGCGAGAUUCCCCUCGAUUACAACCCCAUCUCGGGUGUGUAGCCAUGCAUCCUGCCGGCAGAGUAGAGCUCUCUCCACCGCAAUCCGACCAACGUCUGCCUCCUACACCCAAUUGCACCCCCAACCCAUCUUUACCCGUCGUUCAUUCGCAUUCACUAGCAGAAUGGCCUCCACUCGCACAGAGUCUGAUGCCUUCGGCGAAAUCCAGGUGCCGUCAGACAAGUACUGGGGCGCCCAGACGGAGCGGUCGCUGGAGAACUUCAAGAUCAACCAGCCGCAGGAUCGCAUGCCCCCGCCAAUUGUGCGGGCAUUUGGUAUUCUCAAGGGCGCUGCGGCCACCGUGAAUAUGAAGUUCGGGCUGGACCCGAAGCUCGGAGGGGCCAUCCAGCAGGCUGCGGCGGAGGUUGCAUCCCUCAAGCUCGUCGACCACUUUCCCCUCGUGGUCUGGCAGACCGGAUCCGGCACCCAGUCCAACAUGAAUGCCAACGAAGUCAUCUCUAACCGUGCCAUUGAAAUCCUCGGAGGAACAAUGGGUUCGAAGAAGCCGGUGCACCCCAAUGACCAUGUCAACAUGUCCGCAUCUUCCAACGAUACCUUCCCAACCGUCAUGCACAUCGCCGCCGUCCUUGACCUCGAGGAGUCGCUGCUACCCGCCCUCAUCAGCCUCCGAGAUGCCCUGAAGAAGAAGAGCGGACAAUUUGAGAAGAUCAUCAAGAUCGGCAGGACCCAUUUGCAAGAUGCCACUCCAUUGACGUUGGGCCAGGAGUUCUCUGGCUACGUCCAACAAUUGGAUUUUGGCAUUGACCGAGUGAACUCUGCUCUCCCUAGGCUGAAGAUGCUGGCUCAAGGUGGAACUGCGGUUGGAACUGGUAUCAACACGUUUAAGGGCUUUGCGGAAGACAUUGCUGCCGAAGUCAGCAAAAUGACCGGCCACGAGUUCGUAACCGCACCAAACAAGUUUGAGGCACUUGCUGCUCACGAUGCCAUUGUAGAGGCAUCUGGUCAAUUGAACACGCUGGCCACAUCCUUGUUCAAAAUCGCCCAAGACAUCCGCUUCCUUGGGUCCGGCCCACGAUGCGGCUUGGGAGAACUUAAGCUGCCAGAGAACGAACCCGGAUCUUCCAUCAUGCCUGGGAAGGUCAAUCCGACCCAGUGUGAGUCAUUGACUAUGGUCUGCACACAGGUCUUUGGCAACCACGCUGCCACAACGUUUGCUGGCUCUCAGGGCAAUUUCGAGUUGAAUGUCUUCAAACCGGUGAUGAUUAGGAACUUGCUCCACAGCUCGAGGCUCCUGGCCGACGGAAUGAGGAGUUUCGAGAAGAACCUUGUGGAAGGAAUCGAGGCUGACGAAAAGCGCAUCACCGCUUUACUAAAUGAGAGUUUGAUGCUGGUGACUUGUUUGAACCCAAUUAUUGGAUACGAUAUGGCGAGUAAAGUUGCCAAGAAUGCGCACAAGAAAGGCCUGACUCUCAAAGAGAGCGCAAUGGAGCUUAAGGCUCUCAGCGAUGCCGACUUCGACAAGCACGUGCGUCCAGAGCUCAUGAUUGCUCCGAAGGAGAAGAAAUAA